AUGGUCCUGAGAAAUGCCUUUUCUGCUCUCGCAUACUUCUGUGUGUUUGCAGCCUUGACUAUGGCCCAUCCUCAUGCCUUAGACGGUGGUGACACGCCCACGAUUCUUGGCUAUCUGGCAAACAAAUGCAGCAACUCUUCGCCAAAACAUACGGAUGACCAGGCUGGUAUACCUCUGUCUUUGGAAAUAGGUGUCAUUGAUGUUGACGUCUGCGAGCCGUUGGAAGGUGUCUUGGUUGAUAUCUGGAAUCUAAGUGGUGGGAAACACUUGGAUAUCCACAAAGGUCUCCCCGAUCUCACAUGGCUUUCGACCGACCAGGAAACCUGGCUUCGGGGCAUGUGGCCCACAGAUAACCAUGGCGUCACCUUGUUCACUACUAUCUUCCCUGGAUUUUAUGCCGAGCGUUCAAUUCACAUCCACGUUCAAGUCCACACCAACUGGACAGUCAGGGCCAACAAUAGACAUCGCACAAAGUCUUUGACAAUGUUCAAAAUGGCAAAUGCCCAGGCCUGGCUUAGGGCUAACGACGAGCGAAAGCAGCUUGUCCUAAUCACACGUAGCAGCUUAGCAGAUGCUCAACCCAGUGAAUUAGGAGGAUCUCAUUUCCAGUCCCUCACUCUCAUCCUUUAUGACCACCCGUCUCCGGGGAAUCGAAUCCCUUCGCACCAGAUCUUCGAAUCCCAUAACAGCAACCCAACAUCUGAUAUCAGAUAUCAAUCCAACAUGCCCAUCGAAACCAAGUCUCGCAGAAGAAGAUGGAUCCACACGGGGGACCCCAUCACAAACAUUGCAGAUGUGCCCGAAGGCUGGAGCUCCUAUGAGCCAGAUCUGCACAAAGAUGAUGUGGACGGCCAAAUUGCGCGCUGCCGUGAAAGAAUCAGAGAUGCAAUCAUGCCCGAUAUCUUUCGCCACAGACUGGCGCAAUUUCUCCAGCGUCGAAGCCAGAUGAUUGCAUCCGAGCAAGCUGGCCUACCAUGGCCAGUCGUCCAACGCUUAUCAUUCCUCAAGGCGACCAAGUACUCGCUUGAGCUCAAUGGCGACCACGACGAGCAAAUGCCAAACAUCAACGGCCUCAUGGAGGCCUACCAAUCUGGCAAGAAAUUCGAGAAGGGGGCGAUAAGCUACUGGUACCAGGGGGCUCAGAUCUACCCUGAGAAGGAUGGCGACAAACUUGACUACUGGCAGGCGACACACCUGCAGAGCCGUUUCACCGGCGCCUCGAGCUUCUGGGUUGAAGGGCUUGACGUGCCCUGGUCGGCCGAAGUCAGCCUACACUGA